UGAGGCUUAUAUAAACCAGGCAGUUGGGCUGCAGGAGGUCAGGCAGCAACAGUGUCUGGUUGUAGUGCUGCUGUGUAUGAUCUGGAGCAUGCUGCCUCUGCUGAUGAAGUAAAUUCAGGAUCAGCCUUCCCCAAUAACUCUUGGGGAACAAUAGAAAAGAUACCUAAUGAAUAUCAAUUUCAAGCCACAACCUGAACUUAAGUUCAACCACAGACUAAUAGAACAGAAAAAUGUGAAUGAAUCACCUUUUACAAGAACAAGUGGGACUUACUUUCUCUCCAGGCAUAGUCCACAUCCCCGGACAGUCUGCCAUAUUCAAGGGUUAAACAAUGCACCUGUCUGUGUCGUGAAAGAUGCAGGGAAUUUUUCAAGGCAACAGAUUACGAGCAAAAUCAUAAUACCACAGCAAGAACAUGACAAACUUGUGCUAACUGGAAAUGCCAUGGGUGCUACAUCUGCCAACCAGGCUAUGCCAAGCUUUCAGGCUUAUCCAUCCAAAGGAAAAAGUCCUUCAUGGCCUGGUUCAUACCAUAGGAGAGAAGAACUUGCAGAACUCUCCAAAAGGACAAGAAAUUGGACCGAUUCUUCAAUUACAAAGGAAGAUACUUGGAAAAAACAACUUGAAACCCGUCCUCCAUCUGCGACUGACCAUGAUGUCCAUCUCUCUUCUUUAAACCAUCCCUCUUCUCCAAUCCACUCCAUGUAUUACAGGCCAGGAAUCAAUUCCUGUGCUCCCCAUGUCCCAGGUUACCUGGAUCAGGAAAUAAAAAUUUUGGAAAAACUCUGUAACAUUUUACAGACGGACUCCCUUGCAGAGAUCCACGCAUGGCUGUCAAAUGCAAGUCUAAGAGAGAAGGAGGUUGUUUCAAAUUUGGUUCGCUCAGAAAUGACUGGCAGAGACUUGCUGAGCUACCAGCAACAUGCACUAAAUACAGAUGCAGAGGAAAACUUGACUUUCCCUGACACACUGAAAGCUCCUGCUAUCAACCGGACAGAACCAAGGGAAGGAGUUAGCCAACUCAGGCCUUCAAGUAAAGCAUCAGAAGCGAGCAGAGGAAUGGAACAAGAAAGGGAUGAAGAGGGCCAUCUGUUCACGAGGCAGAGAAAUACAAGCCCCGUCUCUGAAAGUUUACGUCCAAGGAAGCCUGCCAACAGGCCAAGAACUGAAAUGAGCCGCAGUCCUGCCGCAGCACUUCAGAGGCCCCACCUACGCUACACCAGGACACCGCUUAGUCAGAGAGGCUCUCUCUCCAGAGAAGAAAUCCCCCAUCAAAGCCACUGAAACAGUGCAAUCACUCUCAUCCAUUUAUAACACCAUACACACUAUUGGCAGUGAUAGCAUUUGAAAAUACUUAGUCUGGCAGCUACCUUUUUAAAAAUAAACUUGUAUUCAUUAUA